AACGCGUCGCAGGCGGUGAGAUCCACGCCGGGUGAGUUAUGAUGCGGCGGAGCGACUGAUUCUCAGCAGCACCGAGACACACAAAUGCGGGGAAGAUAGAGACACGCCACUGUACCGUGAGAAGAGACUCUCACUGCGGUAUUUCUGCCUCGAAACAGAAGAACUGCGCUUCUGGACGGAUUUCAUGUAAGCCAGAGCGACCGUUAGCAGAAUGAGCUCCUCUCCCGUCAUGUCACGCAUGUCCGUCGACAUCCUGGAGGAACUGCAGCUCUUCACAGCUCAAAACCUGGAGAAGGUGGACGUCAACAAAUACUAUGAAGUCAUGCGGGAGCUGGGGAAGGGCACCUACGGGAAGGUGGACCUCGUUAUCCAUAAGAUCAGAGGUACCAAGAUGGCUCUGAAGUUUCUAAAGAAGAAAACGACCAAGCUGAAGAGUUUCUUGAGAGAGUACAGUAUCUCGCUCUUUCUGUCUCCAUGUCCCUUCAUCAUCAACAUGUUUGGCAUUGCGUUUGAAACGGAGGAGUACUAUGUUUUUGCGCAGGAAUAUGCGCCGUCCGGUGACCUGUUCGAUAUCAUUCCACCACAGGUGGGAUUGCCGGAGCCAGUGGCGAAGCGCUGUGUCCAUCAGGUGGCCAUCGCUCUGGACUACCUGCACUCCAAAAAGCUGGUGCACAGAGACAUCAAGCCUGAGAACAUCUUAAUCUUUGACAAGGAGUGUCGCAAGGUCAAGCUGUCAGACUUCGGCAUGACGCGGCGCGCCGGCUCGCCGGUGAAGCGUGUGAGCGGCACUAUCCCGUACACGGCGCCCGAGCUCUGCGACACGUCCAAGCACGAGGGCUUCUGCGUGGAUUACAGCACAGACGUGUGGGCCUUCGGAGUGCUGCUGUUCUGCAUGCUGACCGGGAACUUCCCCUGGGAGAAGGCCAUGCCGUCCGACACUUUCUACGAGGAGUUUGUGCGCUGGCAGAGGCGGCGGACCGGCGCGGUGCCGUCACAGUGGCGCAGAUUCACGGACGAAGCCCUUCGCAUGUUCCGAAAGCUCCUGGCCCUGGAGCAGGAACGCCGCUGCUCCGUCAAGGAGGUGUUUGUGCAUUUUGGCCACCGUUGGAUGCUGGAUGGCCAGGCGGGCGGAAGCCACCAUCAGGCCACGCUGAACUCUUCAUCUGAGGAGGAGGAGCUACUGGUGGACCGUAUGAAGCAGCAGACCCUGUCUCCGACGGCUUCCAAGACCAACGGCAUGGAGUCGGGAACGGCUCACCACUUCACCUCCGUGUCCACGAACAGCUCCGUGUCUUCCACCAACAGCUACGAGCGCUCGGCCAGAGACAGCCCGCCUAGCAGCCGCAUCCUGGUCACAACGCCGAUAGAGAUCUGCGUGUAGAGAUCCAACCGCUGGCGAAAUUAACACGUGCACAAGCAGACACAUCCAUAAGAGACUCUAAACUCUCAUGUACAUCCGGAACUGAGUCUAUUACAGCGCAAAAAAUGACAAACUUAUUCUGUUCGAUUCUCCGGUCGGCUCGACUAACAUUCCUAACAGCGAUUUGCAUCAAGAAACUGUCUGCGAAGAAACGUUGCACUGAAACUGUGAAAUACCGUGCAGGUUGUGCUUUCUAAAGACCCGUUGGCACCAAGAACGAUAACUAUAACGAUAACUUUAUUAGUGUCCACACCAGCUGACUUUCUGUUUAUUAUAAGCGCGCUGCAGUUUUGUCUGCUGCUUUAAAUGCUCAAGCUCUUUAACGUCAGAUGGAUUCUGAUUGGCUGUCAACGUUUUUAUUGUCCAUUCAUUGGAAAAAAUCAUUACAACGAUAUCGUUCCUCUGUUACGGCCAACAGGGAACGUUCUCAGAACUUUAUCAUGAACAAACAUUCUCCCGAUAACGUUAAUAGUGUUUGUUCAAUGUUAACGUUGUCAAAACAUUAGCACAAAAACAUUAUACAUCGUUCAUGGAGGGUUUUUUCUGAAACAUUUUAGUUGGACGUUCAUCUAACAUUCUUUUAAAUAUUAUCAGUUUCAGAUAAUGUUCAGAGAGCUUUCAAAAGUAGCUUUUGCAAAAUGAUAAAAUAGAAUGUUUCCUUAACGUUAACGUAUAAUCAAGAAAAAUGUUUAGAGAACGUUUAGAAAUUGUUGUCAUAACUUAAUAAUAGGAAUGUCAGCAAAACGUUCUUAAAACAUAUAUUUUUGUUUCCUGGAGUGUUGUUAUUGUUAUAGUUGUAGUGUGGAAUUCCUUAUUCUCUUUGAAUUAGAAGGAUUAUUCAAACUUUACAUAUUUAUUAUAAGCGUGCCACCGUUUUGUCGGAUGCCACUGUAAAUGCUCAAUCUUUUGGAUUCUGAUUGGCUGUCAAUAUUUUUAUCAUUCAUUCACUGGAAAAAAAAAAAUUCUGAAAGUGGUUACAACAACAUCGUUCCCUUGUCCCAGCUAACAGGGAACAUUCUCAGAACUUUGGCUAAUGUUUCCUGAGAGUUAUGAAAAAACGUUCCUCCAAUAACGUAAACGGAAUGUUCAUUCAGAGUUAUUUAAGAUUUAAUAAUGUUCUCAAAACGCUUGCACAAAAAAUGAUGCAUUGUUCAUGGAAGGUUUUUCUUAAACAUUUAAGUUAGACGUUCGUCUAACAUUCUUUUAAAUGUUACCAUUUGUUCAGAGAACAUUUAAAAGUAACGUUCUCAUGUUUUCAAAACGAUACAAUAGCAUUCAGAAAUCACCCCUGCUGAAAAAAACAAUAGAACCCUGCCCAAAACACAAUAGAAAAUGUAAUGGUUAUAAUGGGAAUUGUAUUGGUUUUAAUGGAAACUAUAAUGGUGUCCACUGGUAUGUGAUGGAUUCUAUUGGAAAAAAUGCCCAAAACAAACUACAAAAAGGAAUUUUGUAAUGGUUUUACUGGAAAAAGCUAAUGGUUUAUAAUGGUAUUUUAAUGGAAACCAUUGGAAUUUCUGUGAUGGUUUCUAUUGGGCUUCUAUUUUUUUAGCAGGGAUGUUUUCAAUAACGCUUUGGCAUCUUAAUGGUAACAUUAGCAAAAUGUCCUUGGAACAUAUUUUUCUUUUCUGGAGUGUCAUUAUUGUUAUAGUUGUAGUGUGGACUUCUCAUAGAAUUAGAAUGAUUUUUAAAACGUCGUAGUUCUAGUUAUCGUUAUGAUCUUUGGUGUGCACGGGCCUUAACUCGUGAAUAAGCAACGAACUAAUAAACGAGUGGAUUGAACAUUUGAAUCCAGUUCCAGCUCAAAGAAGCUCGCGGGAAGAAUUUCGAGGGCUUCCCCAAAACGUCUCUAAAGCAAUAUAUGAAGCAAAAAAGAAAGGAGAAUAUCUGGGAUCUUCAUUCUUGGGAGGAAUUCAUCAAAUAAACAUUUCAGUGAAUAAGCAAACAGUGGGCCAUUGAUGAUAUUUGCUGUGGUGAUAUGUGAGUGAGUUUGUGUGCGUGUUUGCGAUUUAGUGCGUACGAAUAAUUUAAAGCCUGGCGUUCAGGACGUGCAACCCAACGAAAGCUUUUCCAGAGGUUCUGAUCAUGUGACAGAUUUUGCAUGUACUGGAAGUGUUUCUAAAACUGACUUGUAGACUGUUGUUUUGAAUUGACUUAAUUUAUCAGGAUUCUUAGUAUUCAGAAAUAUAUUUUUUCAGUUGCUGUGUAGUGAUUAACAAACAUGGAUAUUUUUCAUUUAAUUUUAGUACUUUAGCACAGUUGUGCCAAACUUAUUUUUUAAUGUGAAGUUCUUGUGGCAGAUGUGAAGGUCAGCUGCUACUGUGUGAUGAACAUGAAUUGAAAACACGGUAACACGAACGUUUAUUCACAAUGUUUUUUUUAAUUUCUGAGCGUUCGGCUGUGAUUGCUUUAUGAGUCGGACCUUGUGCACUGGUUGUGGUGGUGAACACUGUAUGUAUUCGAAGACUGACAGGUUGAAAAGAUGUAUUUUUGCCUACUGUACAAUUUUGUUUUCUUGGUGUUCCCCCUUUAAAAGUCUUAUAUUUUUUCUACAUUGAUUUAAACUGAAACUCAAAACAAAGAGCGCAGAUGUUCUGAUAACUGCAUGACCAUGAUGAAAAAACAUUGAAGAUCUGUGAGAAUUACUGUAAUGUGAAGAUUUUUUGCUGUCACAAUUUCUUGCAUAAUGUUUCAGGGUGAAAUUGUAGUAGAUGAUGUAGGGCAAAACAUCCAGCCAGCCAAUUGAAUUGUUCGUUUUGUUGUUGUGUUUGUGUACCGCUGCUGCUGUUGUUGUUAAUUUCUCACUGAGAUCAAGAACUACCUGAUUGAAACACCUCACACCUGCGCUGCUACUGUCAGGUACUGAAAGCGAUUCUUUUCAGGUGAGGUUGAACAGAAAGUCUUACUUGAUUGAACUCAAGGCCUUGGAGACAUGCAAAAGGGGAGUUUUUAAUUGGAAUUGGUGUGUUUUAUUUUAUGCUACACGUCUGCAUGAGCUUUCAACACGUAUUGGGAGUAUGUUCUGAGAAAAAAGAAAAAAAGGUUAGCUAUAGUCGUAUCAACCUCUUUGCAUCAAAAGUGGCCCAUCAGAGCAUAAAUAUCCUGUUCUUGCAUAUCGUAGACAUGCAGCUCUGCUGGAAACUACACAUACUGACCAUCAAACGCCUUCGGCAGUGCUUGACCUUGGUUUAGUAGCAAAUGAAAAGACCUGGGGAUUUUGUGAUCGGUCAGCCUUUGUCGUGCUGAAGCGUUUUGGUUUCUGGUGAUAGUUUUGAUUUCAUUAGCUAUCGGUGGGCUUUCAGUCAUCAAAACAAACUCAAACUCGUCUAAAAUCUGUCUUUGCAAUACAACUGUCUUCCUGUAAGUUCAGAUUUAUUCAGAAAUAAAUCUUGACAGAAAUGUGCACUUGUUUGUUUCUCUAGGUUUGAAUGGCUGGUUUUGGUUUUGACUUUUUAAUCUCACAAUUCAGAAUGUGUCUCGCGAUUGCUACUUAAUCUCACAAUUCUGGCUUUUUUUCCUCACGGUUCAGUUUGCAUCUUGCGAUUCUGACUUUUUUUCUCAGGAUUCUGAGGUUAAAUUGUACAAUUCUGACUUUCUUCUUGUAAUGUUUGCAACUCACAACUUUUGAGUUCACAUUUUGCAAUUGAUUUUUUAUUUUUCUGAAUUCUAAGUUAAAAUUGUAAAAUUCUGACUCUUUUUCCUCAGAAUUCCAAGUUUACGUUUCACAAUCCUGACUCAGGAUUCUGGGUUUAAACUGUAUAAUUCAGAAUUCUCUUUGAGUUUACUUCUUGAAAGUCUGAUUUUUUUUUUCUCUCUCUGAAUUCUCAGUUUACAUC